UAGUGGUUCAUUUGAAUCUUGUGAGGAGGGGAGAGUACCUCCUGUUCCUCUGCAUUGGAGCUUAUAAUCUUGCUUCAGCAUCCGAGGAACACUACCGUUAACCGGGCAUCAUCGGGAUCAGGCGAUUUCCCGGUGAUAAAGGAACCGAUACGAUAUUUUAGUUGAAACACUAUCAGAGCAACGGACACAUAUCGAAUGAUUCUCCAGUAACGUUAGCUGUUAAAGUUCAGAACAAGUAGCUUCCUUUCAGUGGAGAAAGACAAAUCGGGUGUUGAAAGGCUCCAACAGCUGACACGGGAGUAUUUUAGUAUUUUUUGUGUGUGUAAAUCUGCCAAUUUUAAAUCAUCCACGAUGACCAGGAGAUCUUGUGCCAUUUACGCCACCGGUAUCGUGUGCGCGCAUCUGCUCAUUUUGGGAAUCGCCCUACUGGUGGCUCAAGUCUUCCAGACAAUGAUUCAAGAGCGGCUUAAAAAGGAGAUCACAUUGGGUCAGAAUAGUCGAGUAUUGGAGGGCUGGAUAAACCCACCACCUCCCGUUUACAUGCAGUAUUAUUUCUUCAACGUUACCAAUCCAGAUGAGUUCUUGGCUGGAAAAGCGAAGGCCAAAGUCACUCAGAUGGGACCGUAUACUUACAGGGAAUACCGUCCAAGGGAAAAUGUCACUUACCUUGAAAAUGGGACAAAAGUCUUUGCCACGAAUCCCAAGAGCUUUGUGUUUCUGCGAAACAUGUCUGCUGGAGAUCCCGAGGUUGACCGUGUGAUAACGGUUAACAUUCCCUUAAUUGCUGUGAUGAACGAGUUGAAGACCUACAACUUCUUUCUGAGGUCUGGCGUGUCCAUGAUCUUGAAUUCCAUGGGCAUUGAAGUGUUCAUGAAUCGUACCGUUCACGAGAUCCUCUGGGGUUUCAAAGAUCCACUGCUGACCAAACUUCACAGCAUGAGACCAGAAGUGGAGGAAUAUUUUGGCCUUAUGUACAACAAAAAUGGGACCCAUGAAGGCGAAUUUGUCUUUCACACUGGAGAACAGAACUACAUGGACUAUGGCAAGAUUGACACAUGGAACGGUAUAAGACAUAUGACAUGGUGGUCUGCCAACCAGAGCAACAUGAUCAACGGUACCGACGGCAGUGUCUUCCACACCUUCCUGUCCAGGAAAGAGCUCCUCUACAUCUUCGCCGCAGAUUUGUGCCGAUCCAUUCAUCUCGCUUAUGUGAGGGACAUGGAAGUGAAGGGGAUCCCUGCCUUCCGAUUCGCUCCUCCUUCAGAUGUUUUGGCUCCCCCCAGUGAGAACCCCAGUAACGCCGGUUUCUGCGUGCCUGCCGGGGAUUGCUUGGGAAAAGGAGUCCUCAAAGUCAGCGUAUGUCGGCAAGGUGCUCCCAUUGUUGUAUCAUUCCCUCAUUUCUACCAAGCCGAUGAUGAGUACAUCAAUGCCGUCGAAGGGAUGAACCCGAAUGAGGAGGAACACGAAACCUACCUCGACAUCAAUCCAACCACAGGGGUUCCUAUUCGCGCAUGCAAAAGAGCUCAGCUCAACGUCCUCCUGAAGAGAGUCACCGGCUUCCCCAACACAAAAUUCCUCAAUGACACGAUUUUCCCCAUCAUGUACGUCAAUGAGACGGCGACCAUCGACGACGACUCGGCAAGCCAGAUGAGAACGCUUCUGUUGAUCGUAACGUUGGUCUCCAAUUUCCCCGUCAUCAUUGUAGGGAUGGGGGUCAUUUUACUGGUGGUCCUGUUCGUACUUAUAUGCAGAAACCGUCAGAGAAAGAAUGAAGUAAAACGUAUUGAUUUUACUGAGGCUUUUCAUUCUUUUGCUACGACGAAAGACGACACGGCUUACACCCAGGUCAGCAACCAAACGGAGGAAUCGCCCGAGAACCGCAGCAAUCAGCCUUUGAGGAACGGAUCUUACAUCGCCAUGUCGCCUGUGGAGGCGCAGAAGUGUUGAUGAAGAUCCCCGCCCCGCCACUCUUCACUGUGCGAUUCGGCCACACACGCUCACCAAAGUCCGCCGAAGGUUAUGACAUCACAAACUCUCCCAAAUCUCUGGGUUUAUGGAGACGUCUGUCGCCUAUUCAUGAGAGGCCUCGAAACACUCUUGCCUUUAAAAAGAAAGAAUAUGCAUCGCAUGCUCACCGAAUUUAUAGUCAUAAACCCCCGAGGGGGUUUCACUGGAGGUGCUGGAAACACUCAUGACUAGGACAGCUUCAAGCGUUUCGAAUCUCUUCCCACACUACUGUAUGCAGGUCUGCGCAAGCAGGCCUUGUACUAACAAAGCUCUUUAUUUCUCUUAGCCUUUGAAAAUGAGCGGAUAAAUGCAAACUGUAUCGUAAAAAGAGGGAUAAAAGGUCUAAUAUGCUAAAAAAAAGAAAAAACUGGGUCCAAUCCAGUCUUUGGAUGUGUGUGUGUGUGUGAUACCAGUAUGUAUGUAUAUAUUUGUAUGUCAGCAGGCAUGUCUAUGCUUGCAUGUUUUGUCACACGGCAGUGAACUGCUCGGGUGGAUCACGGUCUGCCGUUUUGCACGACGCAGUGUGACAAGAAGCGGACACUAGUGGUCUUUGAUUUCAACCGGAAGCGUUGUAAUGACGACAGCUACUUUAGAGAGGUUAGACGGUCUCUUGCUAUAGAAAUCUUACGCGUUUUAUAUUUUCAUACUGAAAGAACAUCAAACGUGAGACUUGAAACUUCCUCUGCCUUACUUACAAACACAAAAAGUGAUUUCGCAUGGCAACAUCUGGCUACCUCACAUUUGUGAAUCAGUGUCGCCACCCAUUUCGCAGCCAAGCGUCUUGUUUUGUUAUCACAGGACCGCACUGAACCCGAAUGAGAGCAGAAAGGGUUAAAGAUCAGCAGGUUUGGGGUUAUCAGUGAUGUUUGCACGUGUCUUUCUGUGCACGUUUAGUUUGGCUGAACCCUGCUCUGUGGCCAAAAGAGACUUUAGCACAUGUGUGCUCUUCGUCAAACUGAGGCUAUAUAUCCAUCGAAUUGAAACCGAUGUGAUAGCUGCCGACUUUACAAAAUCUUGUACUUUUCUGUUAUUUUGUGUCCACUCGGUUGAAGCAUUAGAAACUGUGUUAAACACUUGUCGUGAAGAUGUUACAUUAACAUAAGCAUCUGUUACCUGCCGCAUUACGGCAAUUUUGCUCGUGCCAUGAAUCUAUCUUUGCGUUAAAACCGGAAACAAUAUGUACAAAAGUAUACAAACGGACUAUAAAAAUAUGAAAACCCUGCUGGACUAUUUGAUAUCUUUAAGCGUCGAGUAAGUACAACCUGAGCCAUAUCAACGCCGUUUCCGGAUUCCUAACGGUGACUUUUGAAACGUGCCACCCCUUGUUCACCUCCAUAUACGCUUGACCAAAGAUAACAUUGGUUUAGUAGAUAACCGCUUUGUUGACUUACCCCAGUGAUAUGUACAGUGCCAUCGAUUUCCCAUUUGCAAAAGCAGCAUCCCAUUAUCUACACGGAAAAAGUUCACAAAACAGUUUCCAGAACUUAAAGUGUGUUUAAUACUGCAAAAAACGAGAACUUUAAAGUGCUCAGACGGCAGACGACUCCGCGACGGAUCGGUAUCGAAGUCCGGCCCAGAGUCGUCUGCUGUCCGGGUGUUGCCACAGUGUGCACAUAAACUCUCAGUAUUAUGUAUUGAUGCAGCAAUACAAGAAUAUAUGUAUGAAGCAAAUUUUAUAAUGAAGUAAGUUUUGUAAUCAGACAAAGGAUAUUUAUGUAUUCAUAUGUUCAAUGGUAUGUACAUUAUCUGAAUUUCUAAGGUUUUUGGUCCUGUUCAUUUCUGUAUAUUGUUUUUAAUUAUUUUGUGAUAUAUAUAACGUGGGUUGACAAAGCACAUUUCUUUCCUUUUUUCCUUUCUUCCUCCACAAAGUUGAAUAUUGUGCUAAAUCCAAGAUGAAACGGUGUAUGUGCCCGUGAGAUUGUAACUUUGACAAAGGCUUGUGUUGUGUCUGUGGGGUUUGAGCCAACCGUGUGUAAUGAUCUCCCGUAAUAGGACCUUCCCAAGCUGUCGACGCACUGUUUUGUCCAACUGGAAUAACAAAGGGAAGGCUGAGUGUCUUUGAGUUUGGUUUCGGGGGAUUGCCGUAGUGCCACGUUGGGUACAAGGGAACUUUCUAUUGCAAUCUAACCUUUUUUUUCUUAGAUGAAUGACGCCCUCCUCCUCCAGUGCCAUAUGAUCCUGUUUAUUUCAUUUGCUUCGGUAGCGUUUUUUUUUUUUUUUUUUGCCUUGCUGGUAAAUUCACCCCAGCAUCUUUCAGGGUGGUCUUAAAAACACUGAACAUUUCAACACCUGAGAUGCGUGUCACCUUUUUUGCUGCUGAGAAUGACAAUCCUGGUGUCAUGUUAGGUGCAAAAUCAUUUCAAGUAAUGUUCAUUUUUAGUUUUGAUAAUUUACACUGCACAAAUCUUUCUAUAAUGCUUUUGUAAACAUUUUUAGUGUUAUUUUCAAAUAGUAAAAACCGUUGAAAAGCAAA